AUGGGAGAGCUAUGGGGCUUAUUCCUUGCUGAAGUGGAUAAUCAGAGCAUUAUUACAAUGUUGCUAGGAAAUAAUGAAGAGUUGGGUGUUCAUGAUGGAAUGAUUCGAGGGAUCAGAGACCCACUGAGUCGAGAAUGGAAGGUGGAAUUGAAGCAUGUAUAUCGGGAAUCGAACUUUGUGUCGGAUUGUUUGGCGGCUUUAGCGACUGACCCAGGAGGCUAUCAGAGAUUGUUUGAUCCACCUUUAGAGGUCGAGCCAUGGUUGGAACAAGACAUAGUCUGUAUCUCCCACUCACACAAUGUUAUAAUUUAA